UCUCUCCUUCACAAAUUGACUUAAUCAUUUUCGAUGCCCACUCAAAAACUUCAAAGGGACUGAGUUUGAUUUUUUUUUAGGAGUGACAACAUAGUCCAUGUUUGACUUUACCUUAACAAACGCUUGAGAGGUUUAGUAAAUGGCGGCGGCCAUGACUCUCACGCAUCAACAUCUACACGGCUUUGCAGACGUCACUAAAUUUUGUCCUCUUCGAGCAAGUCCACAAAAUUUUUUUAACUUUACGUGAUUUAAAAUGCCCGGAAACGACGAAAAUUUUUAAGAUUGGAUUUUAGCCUCGCAAGUCAAUUUAGUACUUUCCUCGUAAUUGCUCUCAAAUAAAUUUGAACCCUCAAUUGAAUUCUUGAUAGAUUGGAUUAUAAUAAUUGUUCAAUCCCAUGAGGGAAGUGUCUCUGUCUGCCCACAGGCUGUCUCUAAACCACGACAUCACAAAAACAAUAAUUGAUUAAGCGGCAUUAUUACAGGGGCUUUCCACGAAGAACAGCAAGCUGCGCUAUACAUUCUAUUUAAUCAUCUCCCAAACUCAAAAAUGAUUAUACUCCCAAGUCUUGGGAUUUCUUUAUACGGAUCCUGAAAGUUCUGCAGCAGAGUAGACAGCUUCGCCGACUUCUGUGAGCAAAACCCUUUUCUAAUUACCAAAAGGAAGAAAAUGGUGUUAAAAGUGACUAUUGAUGACGAGAAAAGCAAGACAAAGGCCCUUAAGGUGGUUGCAGCGGCGAAAGGGGUGGAUUCUGUGGCUGUGGACAUGAAAGAAAAAAAGAUAACUGUAAUUGGGGAAGCAGAUCCUGUGUCUGUCGCCGGAAGACUGAGGAAAUUCGGAUUCGUCUACGCAGACUUGCUGAGCGUGGGGCCCGCCAAGGAGGAGAAAAAAGAAGAGAAGAAGGAAGAGAAGAAAAAUGAGAAAAAACUAGAAACCCCAAAAGUUGUGUAUGUUCAGGCGCCUUAUCAUAGUUACAGUUAUGUCAGUGAUGAGAAUCCCAACGCCUGCAUCAUCUUAUGAAUUCUCACCUUACCUUGCUUUUUAAGCUCUGUUUUUCUCUGUCCUGUGGUUAGAACUUUACCGGUUACGCUGGUUAUUAGGUAAUCUCCACGCCAUGUUCUUUCCGGAGUAAAUAUACGUACGAGUUGUCGGAAGAAAACGUGGCUUAUUUUAAACAAGAGAUAUUUUUGUGGAAA